CCAAACAGAAGUAUUAUCACCAAUCCACUUUAUCAAGAGUAAACCUAACGUGGAAACCCGACAAAUCGCAAAAACUACCGAUACGCCAUCAUAGAAUACGGCUUUUGAGUCAACUGUGUGAUCUGAUGCUUGUGGCUUGCGGUCACUAUCAGACACGAGCUUAAAAACAAAACUGUCCUCGGAAGAGAGUGUAUCGAUUCAGUUCAGAAAUGAUGUCCGCGAGGUUGGUUGUGGCUACGCUGGCAGUUGCCAUUUGCGCAACAGCAUCAGUAAAUGGGUUCGCCAUCGGUGACUCAGCUUCCGACGAGGGACAAGAAGUGAUCGAAUCCCUUGAAAGGCAAUGUCUACAGCUAACGGGAUCUACGGAAACGUUCGAAAAGCUGGUGGCUGGGUUUUCCUUUGCACCGAUGUGCUUCGCAGGACACCUGGAUUUGGAAGGACUGGCUGCGGAUAUCAUCGAACUGAACGACUCCAACCGGGCUAAAUUUUUCGGCACCUACUGUCCCCAAAUGAACGAGUCUUUGCAGUGUAUCAAUCCACUGUUCGAAUUGUUGAGAACGUGCUGGGACGGCGAAGAGCUGGCGAUCAUGGACAUUAUGUACAACAUGAUACCGGAAGCGUUGAAUUUGAUGUGCAAGGAUCAUGGAGAGAUCUUCUUCCGACUUGAAGGCCCAGAGUACAACAAAUGCGUGGAGAAGUUCGACGACUACACUGCGGAGUGUUCCGGCAAGAUCUCCAACUCUACCGAGACGAUGUACCUGUCCAAGCUCGAUGAGGGACAAUGUCGUGAGUUGGGUGACUUCCGCGGUUGCAUUGCGGAAAAGCUUCAAAUCUGCAAGGCACCGGGUAUCAUCGAUUUGAUUGAUAUCUUCUACAAGCCAAUGGUGAAAGCCAGUUCGUGUGCAAAGUACAUCAACUUCGAGCAGCGCGAUCCAGUUGAGUCGAACGAAAUUUGAUCUUUACGUGGAAUUUAUGUAUUUUUUUACUUUAAAUAAUAUAAAAGCUAUACUUGUGUAUUGAACCAUAACUA